AUGGCAUCCUCUGCGGCCUAUUCUUCAAAACUGACGUCAUCGUCUAUGUCGGCCGUAAAUAAUCCCAUUAAAGAAGUUUAUGUUGAUGCUAUGGUUAUUUUGAAAAUAAUAAAACAUGCACAUGAAGAAACAACGGAUGCUGCUCAAGGUGGUUUGUUAGGUCUUGUGAAUAAUUCAACACAAACACUUGAAAUAACAAACUGUUUUCCGUUUCCAAAUCAAAAUAAACCAGAAAAUAUCGAUUUAGGUAAUCUUGAACAAUUUCAAGCAGAUAUCAUUCGAAGUUUACGACGUGUUAAUUCCGAUUAUUUACAAGUGGGCUUUUAUGAUAGUUGCUUUAAUCGUUCAUUAGUUCAAGCAAUGAUAGUUUAUCAACAAUCGGGUGUUGAAGAAUCAAUAGCACUUGUUUAUGAUCAGGCAUUAGCCACACAAGGAUACAUUAGCGUUAAAGCUUAUCGUCUAACACCAGUUGCAAUUGAACAGUUAAAGAGUGAAGAUGUUUUCUCACCAGACAGUGUAAAAGAAGCAAAGUUGAACUACGACAAUAUGAUGGACGAGAUACCAGUUGUCUUUAGAAAUUCACAUUUAGUUAAUUCAUUAUUAUGUGAAAUUGAUGAACAAACACCACUCAGUUCUAAAUAUGACACGUUUCUUGAUCUUGGCAGCAGUGGUAACAUUGAUCGUCAACUACGUUCACUAAUCGAUUGUGUUGAUGAAUUUGGGUCUCAUGCACAACGUUUUAAUAAUUAUCAAAAACAAUUUCAACGUCAUCAAUCAAAACGUAGUCAAAAUGAUCGAACACGACGAAGUGAUGGAUUGGAUGAAGAACUUGAUCGUAUUACAAAAUUACAUGCGGAUUCACGACGAAAUGCUUUAUUGAAUUCGGCACAAAUUAAAAAUCAAUGUGAGAAUAUUACAAAAUUUACAUCGCAACAACUCGCAAAAUUAUUUAUGGCAGAAGCUGUGCAAGAAAAAAAUUAA